CGCCCAUACACACUGUCCUCUGACGGAGCAGCACACACACCAAUAGCAGCUGCCCCAGGACGGGCAAUAAGCAGGGAGGGACUUCCUUCAGGUCCUCUGCAACUUGGUGACACGUAACUAAAGCUAAAGGUGUCGUGCAAAGCUGAAAGUAAACAGAGUUGUAUGGGAAAGUUUUCCUCCAUCCUGGGAAUGGAUAUUCCGCACCCGAGGAUCUGCUGCUGUCUGAACCGGAAAGCCCUGCUUUAAUAGACAACUCUUUUUGGAAUGUAAAGCCCAUAAGAGGGCAAAGUUUUGGAGAAAGUUGUUGUAUAUGUUCACUGCGGAGAACAUGGGCAGUGGGGUUUGCUCCAGAAAGCAAAGGAAAAUCUUCCAGUCGUUGCUUCUCACCACUGUGGUGUUUGUCCUCAUUUAUGGAGGAAUGAUUUGGUAUGAAAUGCACCAGCAGCUGAAGAGGACAGAAGCUCUGGCUCUGAAAUACCAGCAGCACCAGGAGUCUCUCUCAGCCCAACUACAAGUGGUGUAUGAGCAUCGGUCCAGGCUGGAGAAAUCGCUCCAGAAAGAACGACAGGAGCACAAAAAGUCCAAAGAAGAUUAUCUGGUUUAUAAACUGGAGGCACAGCAGUCACUGAAUAAGGAGAAGCAAGAUGCCAGCAGCAGGUUUAACUCUGUCUACUCACAGCACCAAAUGCUGAAGAAUCAGCAUGAGGAGCUGAAGAAGCAGUUCUAUGAGCUGCAGGAGCAGCAUCACGCUCAGGGUGAAGACCACAAUAAGGUUCUGGAUGAACACCAGCAGAGAUACGACCGAUUACAGCAGACUAAAGAGACUGAGAUCUCUAAACUCAAAGAAAGUAUUUAUAACCUGCGGGAGGAGAACAGGCAGCUGAGGAAGGCUCAUCAGGAGAUCCAUGUGCAGCUUCAGGAUACAAGGCAACAGCACAAGGACUUAAAAGCAGCCCACGAUCAGCUUGCACUGACCCUGGAGGACCACAAGAGUGCACUAGCGGUGGCUCAGGUCCAGGUGGAUGAGUAUAAGCAGCUGAAGGAAACUCUGAAUAAAAUGCCGAGCCUGAAGAAGCCUGAAGAAGCUCAGCCUGCUGCGGUUGAGAGCAAACAAGCAGAGCAGCACCAGAAUACAGAGCAGGGGCAGAAACGAGAUGAGAGAGAGGUGGAAGGAGUACAGGAAGAAGAGAUGAGGCAUGAAGGCUUGGAUCAGCCUCAUACAACAAAACAGCAUGAUGGCCUUCCCCAUGAAGAAGAAGAAGAAGAGAAAGAACCAGAACAAAACCUUCCUGAUGAAAAUGCUUUAGAGAGCGAGAGUCACAUUUCACAGCCGGUGAGUUCUUCUCAGGGAAACCACAUCAAAUCUGCCUACGAGCAGCAGCAGGAAGAGCAGCGGCGUUUAGCUGCACGGUUAGAGGAGGAACAGCGGCAGCUGCUGCAAAGACAGGAGGAACUGCAGAGGGAGCGGGAGGAGAGAGAGCGAAUGGAGAGACAGAGGGAGGAGAAAGAACGGCUGGAAAAGGAAAAGGAGGAGAAUGAACGGCUGGAGAGGGAGAGGGAGGAGAGAGAACGGAUGGAAAGAGAGAAGGAGGAGAGAAGACAGCGAGAAGAGCAGCAGAACAGGCAACUCCAUGAACAGUCGCACCAGGAACAGCUCAGGAAAAAAUCACUGUAUGAAAAUAUGGAGCCUGAAGUUGCCCACCCUGAUGAACAGAAUAAUAUCCACCAUGAGGAAGUGCAGGGGCAAAAGGAAGACACACAUUUGCAUCAUGAAGAGCAAACCAUGGAAGCGGACAUCGAUCCCGCGGACGAUCCCAACAAUCAAGGAGAGGACGAGUUUGAGGAAGCUGAACAGCAGGUCCACGAGGAAGAGGAGGAAGAAGAGCCGGUGCCUCCUGGACACCCUGACACACACUUGAUCAAGGGGAAUCAGCAGCAGGCUCCUGCUGAUGAACAGCUGGUGAUGGCAGGAAACCCAGACCAGCAGGAAGACAAUUUGGAGGAGCAAUAUCAGGAAGAAGGAGAAGAUGAGGCUCAGGAAGAUUUGGCUGUGGAGCAGAAACAAGAAGAGAGAGGAGAAGAAGAGGCAGAUCCUUACAAUGAAGAGAACGGAGAACAGGAUGAUGCCAGAGAGCAGGAGGACACAGGGCCCGAGAAACAUCCCGCCAAAGAACCUAACGAGGAGGAGAACUAUGAAGAGGAAGAGGAGGAGCCAGAGGAAGAGGCCCAUCAGCGGGCAGAGAUGUGAAACCUUUUCUUUGUGUCCUUUCGUUACUGUAGCGGGAUUGAACUGUGUGAAGCAGCGAGUCCACUGGAACUAUCAUCUUCUUUUGCGGUAAGACUUCCUCGAGCUGGACUUAGACUGAACGAAAUCUGCUGAUCUGGAUAAAUAUAUAUUUCUGUUCACUGUGCCUUUAUUUUGCUAAUUUGUAAAUGGAUAGAUUCAAUAAUUAGAGACCUGAGCAUUCUAAGCAGAACUAUGCUGUAGACAGAAUGUUUAUGAUCAGAGUGCCAUUUAAAGAAUUUAAAAUAUUUAAUGUUUACCAUAUAUAUAUAUAUAUAUAUAUAUGUUAAUUGUCUUCUGUCUUUUUUAAGCUUUUUAUAUGGCUGGAUGUUUUUAAGAAUACUGUCAGUGUCACUACAUGAAUGUUUAUUAUUUGUGGGCAGAUGAAAGUUGCUAAUGAUCAUAUUUUAUUUUAUCGUUAGAAGUGUUGAAUAUUUUUUGGGGGUGAAGACAUAUAAAGAAACUGUAUUUAGCUGCUACAAACUAAAGUAGAGCAACUCAGAUCUGAGAUCUUUCAAAUGUGGCUUUUGUGUCAAUGUUUGAAUGUCAGAUUUUUGUGGGAUUUUUUCCUUUCAUAUUGUGUUGAACGUUGGAUUCGGCUCUCGUGCCGAACGUGAAUCUAGUUACUGUGCAAUGAGCCCAGUCAAGCCUCCACUUGGAAAUAGAAGUCAUGAAUUGAAAUGUAAAGCUCAUGAGAACAUGUUGUGUUCAUGAUGAUGCUGAAACCCUCAGGCCCCCUGAUUCAGUUUAAAUGCAUUCACACAUAAUCAGAGGUGUUAAAAAGUGUGAUAUGAAACCAGCUUUAGUGCAGUAAUAUAUUACAUAACCAUUUUGAUCUUUUAUGAGAUACUGAAGCAUAGUAAUUCUCAUUAUUAACCUCAUAACUGGUAUGGAAAUGACGAAAAUGGAUUUUUGCAAAAGAUAAUGCUUUAUUAAUCUGCUCAUGCAACUACCACUCCCGGAGCUUUGCUAAAUAUUGCGCGCCACAAUGCAUAUGAAUAUUCAUAAACAUAUCAAAGACUCAAGCCGUUUCUCAAUACGCUUUCUUAUGAUAUCUUGCGUUAUCGUACUUGUUCUCCAUCAUCAUCCUCUCGAAUACACAUGAAAUUCCCGGGAGUUGUCCUUGAUAUGUCCUUAAGGAUGCAUCAGGUGCAGAUGUGAGCCUCCUUAAAGUCCCAGAAAUCACUGCAGCAAUACAACCUGACCCAUACGUCUUUUAAGAGACAAUAAUAUAAAGAGAAUAAUUUUCAUAUAUGAUUAAGUUUGAGCUAUAUAUGAGGUUACUAAAAGGUCACAUUUAUUCCUCAGAAAUAUCAUGAAGCCACGGCAGGUUCCACAAACUUGUUAGCUUAGUUUUUAGUUAAAUAUGAGGUUGCAGUUGCAAGCAGUAAACUUACAUGCAACAUUUAAACGUGUUUUACUAAAGUUUGGUCAAUCAGCUGGUCAACAGUAGAUCUAAUAACCAUGGAGUAUUCAAGAGACGAAUUCAUUCCCAGUCCACUGCACAACAGGAAGAUCUCAAUUCUCGCCGGGAUGAGUUCUUUGUCUUUCUGAGUUCUUUCUUUCCAGCUAAGAUCAGUCUAAACGAGAGUCUUUGAGUCGUUAGAUUUACUCUUGCGUCGACUCUGUUAGCAGCCUGCAUCUGUUUUUGCAGGUGUUAUCAAAGCUGUGAUAUUUUGUGUUCAAUUACAGCUUUAUUUCUAGUCUCACAAUGGGGAAAUAGAUGUACUGAGGAAUAUUUCCGCUGCUGUAGUAGAGGUCUGGGGUGGACUGGUGUCCUGUUCUGGCUGUAUCUCUUCCUUGCGCUCAGUCUUCUCAGUCCAGGUUUUAUAUCCAGACAGUCCAAGUUACCGGUUACUGAAUAUGACUGAAUCAACUAGCAGUUAGACUUUAGAUAGCAAAUCUGUCUAAACCAAUCUUGGCCAAAGGAAUAUUUACAUUUUUGGCCAAACUAGAGGUUUUCUGCUUUUGCUUCAGUAUAACGACAGGUGUGUGCCAACAUUACAUAUUUAUAAGUCACAAUGUCACAGUAUAAUAAUAUAUCUAAAAAUAAUCCAUCACUAGAGAAGUAUUCCCUAGUCAGAGUGACACUUCUGUCUGCCACAUGCAGUGCUCCUGCACUUAAAUUCCUCCAGAAUAAGAUGCAAGGCCUUGUCUUUAUGUUGCUUUCUGAACGUGACAGAAUUUCUCUGGAGAAUUAAUAACCCAAUAUUGUAGACGUUAGAUGAUCUUAUGGUGAAGUGCAUCAUGUGACAUGUCUUACAUCCUGUAGAUAAUAACAUGGAGUGAGUAAUAAUAACACUUAAGGUACCUGAGAGAUAACUCUGCACAGAUAUUUGAAACCUAUUUCCAAAAAUAAAAAAAGAACCAACAAUGCCAAAUCAUACCAUAACUUCUCUGAUUAUUAUUAUUAUUAUUAUUAUUAUUUUUUUUUUUUUUUUUGCUGUAGUUUAUUCAACUGAAUACUGAACCCAUCUUACUGUUAUCGUGAAGAUGUUUCUGAUGUAUUUAGGCUUUUGAAUGUGUCACUACAAAUAAUUGUAUUUAUUUUGCCAAAUGUUAUUAUUGAUAUUAUGAACAAA